CCAUCAUUCUCCACAUUCUCGGCGCAUUUUGACACGAGUGCACGUCUUUAGUCAACCUUCCCCCCGAAUUAAAACAGUUAAAAGGAGCUUUUUUUUGUCUCUUGAAGAGCCCCCAUUCGAGAUGUUUUCCGCGAUUAAUUGCGCGGUUCGCGUUGCAUCGAAGCGCGAAACGGGAAAAUUCAUCAGCGGCUUGGUGCAAUUCAAUCGCCAAUAUGCUGCAAAGGCAGCCGCAAAGGCAGGAGCAUCCAAUGGACGUGUUGUUGCUGUAAUUGGUGCUGUUGUUGAUGUUCAAUUCGAUGAGAAUCUACCACCAAUUCUCAAUGCCCUCGAAGUUGAUGGACGCAAACCGAGACUUGUACUCGAAGUGGCACAGCAUUUGGGUGAGAAUACGGUUAGGACAAUUGCCAUGGAUGGUACCGAGGGUCUUGUACGUGGGAAUAAGGUUAUAGAUACAGGAUCACCAAUUAGGAUUCCCGUUGGUGCUGAAACUCUCGGCAGGAUUAUCAAUGUUAUUGGGGAGCCAAUUGAUGAACGUGGCCCAAUUGAUACCAAUAAAUCAGCCCCAAUUCAUGCUGAAGCUCCAGAAUUUGUGGAAAUGAGUGUUGAACAGGAGAUUCUUGUCACCGGAAUUAAGGUGGUAGAUCUUUUGGCUCCGUAUGCAAAAGGUGGAAAAAUUGGUCUUUUUGGUGGAGCUGGAGUUGGUAAAACUGUCUUGAUCAUGGAGUUGAUUAACAAUGUGGCUAAGGCUCAUGGUGGUUAUUCUGUCUUUGCUGGCGUCGGUGAGAGGACUCGCGAAGGAAAUGAUCUCUACAAUGAAAUGAUUGAAUCUGGUGUCAUUUCGCUCAAGGAUAAGACAUCUAAGGUGGCGCUGGUGUAUGGUCAGAUGAAUGAACCACCAGGUGCUCGUGCACGUGUCGCCUUGACGGGAUUGACUGUUGCUGAGUACUUCCGUGAUCAAGAGGGACAGGAUGUAUUGUUGUUCAUUGACAAUAUUUUCCGUUUCACUCAAGCCGGUUCAGAGGUGUCUGCCCUCCUUGGACGUAUCCCCUCAGCUGUGGGCUACCAACCGACUCUGGCCACUGACAUGGGUAGUAUGCAGGAGAGGAUUACAACAACCAAAAAGGGUUCAAUCACUUCUGUGCAGGCCAUCUAUGUGCCAGCUGAUGAUUUAACUGAUCCAGCUCCAGCAACAACAUUUGCCCAUUUGGACGCUACCACUGUACUGUCACGUGCAAUUGCCGAAUUGGGUAUCUAUCCGGCUGUUGAUCCACUCGAUUCAACAUCCCGUAUCAUGGAUCCAAAUAUUAUUGGGCAGGAACACUACAAUAUUGCCCGUGGUGUCCAGAAAAUCUUGCAAGAUUACAAAUCAUUGCAGGAUAUUAUUGCAAUUUUGGGAAUGGAUGAAUUGAGUGAGGAGGAUAAGUUGACUGUGGCCAGAGCCAGAAAGAUUCAGCGUUUCCUCUCGCAGCCAUUCCAAGUGGCUGAAGUAUUUACUGGGCAUGCAGGGAAAUUGGUGCCCCUCGAAGAAACCAUUAAGGGAUUCAGUAGGAUUCUGGCUGGUGAUUAUGAUCAUUUGCCCGAAGUGGCAUUCUACAUGGUGGGUCCCAUUGAGGAGGUUGUCGAGAAGGCAGAACGAUUGGCCAAGGAAGCAGCCUAAGUCAUUUCAAAAAUUCCUCCCCACCAUCCUCCAAAAAAAAACAAUAAGAAAAACUUAAAAAAAAGCCAUUGUGGGAGCCACAAAAACAAAAUAACUCGGCGGAUGGAUCAAAUACUUUGAAAAUCCUCCCAAUUAAAUAAGCAUCUGAUUCACUCGCCCCAGUUCAUAGAUGGCGCCACUCACAGUCUUUAGCAAAGAAGAAUGUCACUUUCUAUUUAGAUUAAAAAAAAAAAUGUUUUCCGAAUAAAUUAGACAAAACUGGAUUAAAA